CGCUCACAGCCCAAGGGGGGCGCGGCCAAUAUUAGAAGGCCUGUCAAAUUUAAGCCAGCGCCUCUCCGACCUCCCCCCAGCCUCGGUCGCGCCCUGCCGUUGGCCCCCCUCUCCCUCCUCUCUGCGGGGGAAGGAGAGAGACGGAACCCGAGAGACAGGGGCGGAGAGGGAUCAAGCUCAAGCUCACGCUCUGCCUCGCCGGGCUCCGGCCGGUCGAUCGACUCCUCCUCGGCGGAUGGCCAAUCGGCCCAGCGUGCCCAAGUUCGGCACCUGGGACAGCGACAAUGUCGGCUACACGGUCUACUUCAAUAAGGUGCGCGAGAACAAGGGCGCCACUGCGCCGCCGCUCCAGCGGCCGUUCAACCCCAACGACCCGGAGGAGGAAGCCCCGAGGGUGAUCGCCCCGGGCUCCAGGCCGGCCACCUCCAGCGGCGACCGCGCGGCGCCGCAGCAGAACGGGCACCAGCACCGCCGGGCCGGUAGCAACAGCGCCGAGAAGAGCAAGUUCGCGCCGCCGCCGCAGUACCACCCGCGGCCACAGUUCACCCACCACCAGCCUCCGGCCGGACACGGCGGCGACAACGGCAACCACCGCCCUUCGUCCGGGCACGGCAGCGACCACGGCCAGCACCACCACCGCCCGGCCGGGCACGGCAGUGACCACGGCCACCACCACCACCGGCCGGUCGGGCACGGCGCGCACCACAAGCCGCAUGAGGCGAGGUACAAGCCGGCGGGGGCCCGGGCGCGGUCCGCCUCGCCGAACCACGCGCCGGGGCGGCAGAGGCCGACGGCGGUGCCCAAGUUCGGGGCGUGGGACGAGCAGAGUGCGGGGGCGCAGGGGUACACGGUGAUGUUCGACCGGGUGAAGCAUGACCGGGAGGCGGCCCGCCGCGGCGGGGUGCCGAACCUCCCUCGCCGCCGCAUGCCGUCGCCGGAGAGCUACACGGCCGCGAGGCGGCCCCGGCACACCCCCUUCUACUCCAAGAUGUUCGGGUGCUUGAUCCCUCACACCAAGGACUGAGACGAGGCCGUCGGAGGCUCCGGACGCGACCUUGACCUUACUUACGUGUGUGUGUGUCAUUUCUGUUUUUUCUCCGUGGGCCUGGAGAGGAUUGUUCUUCUUCUCCGAGGCUGGUCUAUUCGUUCUUCUCUUUCUUGCUCGCUCUUAUGUUGGGUUGGUUUUUGCACGGUGGUUUGUGGGGCCUUUGUACGUACGGUGGGUUGUGAUGUAUGAUUAUGUGCAUAUUGUUCUACUGUUUUGCUCAAAAAAGAAGAAGAAAAAAUGUUCUACUGCUUUUCUGGGA